AUGGCAUCCAUAAAGCUUCAGAGCUGCGAAGGAGAAGUCUUCCAAGUGGACCUGCAGACUGCGAUGGUCUUUGGCACACUGAGGACCAUGCUGUUGGACCUGAACGGAAUGAGCGAGGACGAAAACGAGGUGAUUCCGCUGAAGAACGUGAGCUCGGCCAUCCUCAAGAAGUUGAUCCAGUGGGCCACGUACCACAAGGACGAGAUGCUCAUCGUCAUCGACGACGACAGGCACACAGUGUCUUCGUGGGACGCCGAGUUCUUCAACGUAGACCAGGCAACGCUGUUCCAGAUUAUCCUGGUGGCUGACUACCUGGACAUCAAGGACCUUCUGGACGCAGCGUGCAAGGUCGCAGCCAACAUGCUCAAGUCCAAGUCGACCGACGAGAUGCGUCGCCGCCUCUGCAUCCGGAACGACUUCCUGCCGUCCGAGGAGCAACAGGUCAAAAAGGAAACUGACUGGUACGACUAG